UCUUCUCCACGUAGAACUCAAAACCCUGAAUCACACAGAUCAAGAAAUCUUCAACUUUUAGAGAGAAGAAGAAGAAGAAGGAAGACAUUGAAGAAAACUCAACCCAUCUCAAAUCAGUCAAUCGAUCAACCAUUUACAUAUUUUCCUUUUAAUUUUAUUAAUUUUUAUUGUCCAAGAAGACGAAUAUUCGUUCUUGCGGUUCCAUAAAGGAAAGGGAAGGUGGAGACUUGGAUAGAUUGCUCUGUCUUCGUUCACGAUCGUCUCUCAAGACCGACCUUUGACAAUUUUGACUUGGAUUGAAGUUAUUUGAGUAAUUCAUUGCGUGUAGCUCUGAUAUUGCAUUAAUUAAAUUCUAAGAACAGAGUUAGGGUUUUCUUUUAGUGGGUUAACCAGAUGAAUGUUGUGGGUAAAGUUGGGAGUUUGAUAUCACAAGGGGUAUAUUCAGUUGCCACCCCUUUUCAUCCUUUUGGAGGUGCUGUUGAUAUAAUUGCUGUUCAGCAACAAGAUGGAUCAUUUAGAAGCACGCCCUGGUAUGUCCGAUUUGGGAAAUUCCAGGGUGUUCUUAAAGGGGCUGAAAAGAUGGUCAAGAUAACUGUUAAUGGCGUUGAGGCGAAUUUCCACAUGUAUCUUGAUAAUUCAGGGGAAGCAUAUUUCAUUAGAGAGGUUGAAUCUGGUGAAAGUGGAACCACAGUUGGGAUCUUGAAAGAACCUGAUACAUUUGGUGAAGAUAUUGACAAGGAUGGGAUAAUUAGCGAGAAUAUUAGUAUUGAGAAAUUGGAAUCUAGUGUUUCAGACAAUGGUGAUAUUCAAUUACAGGAUGAGAAUAAUUCUUUGGAGACUGAAUCUGAUGGGAGCAGGUGUUUUUAUGAAUUCCCAGAUGAUAAUAAUGUAGAUGGUGUUGAAAAUUAUCUUGAUACACAGAGUUCAAGUUCUGAAGUGGUUUUAGUUAGUGUAGAUGGUCAUAUUUUGACAGCACCGAUCUCUAAUUCUGAACUGACUGGAGACGAUGUUGAACUCGAUACUCCACAGUUUCAUCUCGGUCCAGGUAAAAGAGCUGAGUUUUGUGAAGAUAAUGCUGAAUUCAGUAAUGAUAAAGAUACAUGGAAUGUGGAGUACUUGGCUGAAGAUAGUAAAGAAGUUCGUGAAGUAGAUCAAGAUAGUAAAGAAGUUUGUGAAGUAGAUCAAGAUAGUAAAGAAUUUUGUGAAGUAGAUCAAGAAAAUGAUGUCCAUGAUGCCGAACCCAGAGGAGAAAUUGAUGAGACGAAGAAGGAUGUGUUCCAAAGUUGUUUAGAGCUCCCAAAGUUGGAUUUGUCGGAUGAGAUAGUCCCCCCUCUCGAGAUCGAAGACAAAAAAGACAGUUCACUACAAGCUGUUGAAGAUGAAAUGGGGAGCGUAGACCAACCGCUAUCCUCUCUGACUGACGAAGAACCCGAAAAAAACGAGACAAAGGAAUCGCCUCUAGCUUCUUCCUCGGAAGGGAUUGAAAUCUCUCUAUGUGGUAAUUUACUUCAAGCCGGGAUGGGUUUGACAUCAGCCGAAGAAGUAUUUAAAAACCAUCUUAUAUCCGAGGAUGAAUUUAGACUCUCGUCAGCAACACUUGUCAAGAACGAGAAUUUAGUGAUCAAAUUCAAAAACAGAUAUUUGACGUGGGAAAAAGCUGCACCGAUAGUUCUGGGAAUUGUCGCAUACGAUGUUAAGCUGCCCCUCGAUCCCAAAGACGCUAUACAAGUCGACAGCGUAGAUACGCCGAAAUCGACGGCUGUCGAUGGUUCUGAACUUACUCCGACAACUCCUAGCCGUAGAUGGAGGCUGUGGCCUAUUCCUUUCCGAAGGGUGAAAACGCUCGAGCACACUCCGAGUAGUUCGUCGAGUGAUGACGUUUUUGUUGACACUGAAUCUGUUCAGAGCCAAUCACCUGAGCGAGCUUUAGUGUCGAAUGGAGGAGGCAGUGUUUCCUCUCAUAAGCAACUAGUCAGGACAAAUGUACCUACUACCGAACAAAUAACAUCGCUAAAUCUGAAAGAUGGGCAAAAUAUGAUUAGUUUCAGCUUCUCUACCAGGGUUUUCGGGUUGCAACAGGUCGAUGCUCAUAUGUACUUGUGGAAAUGGAAUGCUCGGAUUGUUAUCUCAGAUGUUGACGGAACAAUUACCAAGUCCGAUGUUCUUGGACAAGUUAUGCCCUUAGUUGGAAAAGAUUGGUCGCAAUCUGGAGUUGCUCGGUUAUUCUCUGCAAUUAAGGAGAAUGGGUAUCAGCUCUUGUUCUUGAGUGCUCGUGCUAUAGUCCAGGCUUAUCUAACUAGAAGUUUUCUGCUUAAUCUCAAACAAGAUGGUAACGCCUUACCUAGUGGACCUGUCGUAAUAUCUCCCGAUGGUUUAUUUCCUUCAUUGUACCGAGAAGUGAUAAGAAGAGCGCCACAUGAAUUCAAGAUAGCAUGCCUAGAGGACAUAAAGGCUUUGUUUCCACCUGAUUACAAUCCAUUCUAUGCGGGUUUUGGCAAUAGAGACACAGAUGAACUCAGCUACAGGAAAAUCGGUAUUCCUAAGGGAAAAAUCUUCAUUAUUAACCCAAAGGGUGAGGUGGCGAUAAGUCAACACAGAAUUGACGUGAAGACAUACACUUCUCUCCACACGCUCGUGAAUGACAUGUUUCCUCCUACAAUGGUUGAGCAGGAAGAUUUUAAUUCGUGGAAUUUUUGGAAAAUGCCGAUGCCUGAGAUUGAUUGUUAGUGAAGAUUACUUGUGCGGGAAAAUAGUGUUCUUUGUUCUUCUACUUUUUAUUUUGUGUUCUAAGACUGAUGGCAAAAUGGGUGCUCUAGUUAUUUGGCAUUUUUUGCACUAUGGAGGCUUUGUAAAAAUGUACUAUACUUUCUUGAGAAAAAAGGAAUAGUAAUGAAAUUAGACUGAAGACUAUCUAUUAAUCUUUAGAAAA